AUUCGCUGCCCACUUGCGACGCCGCUCAUCUUCUGCCUCUGCAAACCGACGAGACCCGCGUCCGGCCGCCCCUGACUUGGUGCUGUCAUAUUCUGUGCACCUACUCGGUCUCGUCACCUGCUUGAUCCCAUUCUCCUUCCUCCUCGUUAGCCCGUCUGCCCCUCGAUUCGCACCUGUCCCUACCAUACCUUUUCCGCAUCGAGAACAACUACCUCCUUACAGAUCAUACGACUCCUGAUCAGGCGUCCGAGAUGCUGAGGCAACUUCUGCCUCGGUGCGCCAGCGCGGCGCGGGCUAUCGCUCCUGCUCGGCCGGCUCUGCUCCGCCCGGCCACGCGCGCAGCAAGAUGGUAUAGCAUCAAGCCUGAAGCUGCGUCGACAGCUAAGCGGAUGGACAUCGAUGCCAGCAGGCUUACCAUUGAGAAGACCAAGUCGCCCAAGGAAUUGGUUGAUCCGGCCAAGCUCGUCUUUGGCAAGGAGUUCACAGACCAUAUGCUCACCAUUGAGUGGACGGCCACUGAUGGAUGGCUUGAGCCCAAGAUCGUCCCCUACCAGAACCUCUCGCUCGACCCAGCCACGUGUGUGCUGCACUACGCCUUUGAGUGCUUCGAGGGCAUGAAGGCAUACAAGGACAAGGAUGGCGAGGUCCGACUCUUCCGGCCCGACAAGAACAUGGCGCGCUUCAACAAGUCGGCCGCCCGCAUUGCCCUUCCGACCUUUUCUUCCACCGGCCUCAUUGAGCUGAUUGCCAAGUUCGCCAAGUUGGAGGACCGCUUCAUCCCGAACCAGCGUGGCUAUUCUCUUUACCUGCGGCCAACCAUGAUUGGAACACAGAAGACGUUGGGCGUUGGUGCGCCGGGCUCUGCUUUGCUCUAUGUCAUUGCUUCUCCUGUCGGACCAUACUAUCCCACCGGAUUCAAGGCCGUGUCUCUCGAGGCUACAGACUACGCUGUACGUGCCUGGCCGGGUGGAGUGGGCGACAAGAAGCUCGGAGCCAACUACGCUCCCUGCAUUGUACCUCAGCUUGAGGCCGCCAGCCGCGGCUUCCAGCAAAACCUGUGGCUGUUCGGCCCCGAGGAGUACAUCACCGAGGUCGGCACCAUGAACCUCUUUGUCGCCCUCAAGGACAAGGAGACCGGGCAGAAGGAGCUCGUCACCGCGCCGCUCGACGGCACCAUCCUCGAGGGCGUGACCAGAGAUUCCAUUCUCGGGCUGGCGCGGGAAAAGCUCGCCCCUGAAGGCUGGAAGAUCUCUGAGCGCAAGCUUACGAUGAAGCAGCUGCACGAGGCGUCGCUCGAUGGUCGUCUCAUCGAGGUGUUUGGCGCCGGCACUGCGGCUAUUGUCAGCCCUGUGCGCAAGAUCAGCUGGAAGGGCGAGCUCGUCGAUUGCGGACUGAGUGAGCACGAGGAGUCCGGCGAGAUUGCGCUGAAGAUGAAGGAGUGGAUGGAGGCUAGGCAGUAUGGCGAUGAGGAGCACGAGUGGAGCUUCCGUUGCUAAGCAUCUGGUUCGUUUCUCAAGACGCAGAGUUCUCUUUGGCUUCCAGAAUAUACUACAUAUAGUUGCAUGGUAGAGAAAGACGCAUAACGGCUAGCGGAAUCAGAUAUGGUUGCAUACUCUUAGGUACACCUGAAAGAAACAAAAUAAAGUAUCAAUGUCCAGC